AUGGAGCAAAAUUAUCAACAUAACAAGCUAACCAAGAUGCAGUUAGAUGAUGCUACUCAGAACGACGAAUACCUCAAUUCUUUUCCUCCUGGUGUUCGAUUCUUCCCUAGCGACGAAGAGUUGCUUCAACAUUACUUAAAGAAUAAGGUUUUGAAUCAACCCAUUUUCCCAAAUAUCAUUCAAGAAGUUAAUCUCUACCAGCACCAUCCCCUUGAGCUCACUGGGAUGUACAAGCCACUUACAGAAACAGAGUGGUAUUUUUUCACUUGUAGAGAUCGCAAGCAUUCCAAAGGAUGUAGGCCCAAUCGUGCUACUCCUAGAGGAUUUUGGAAGCAAAGUGGAGUUGAAAAACCCAUUCCUUUAGACUCUGAGGACGCAAUUGGGUACAAAAAGUGGCUUAUUUUCUAUGAAAAGGAGAAUGAACAAGUAAAAAGAACGGACUGGAAAAUGCAUGAAUAUAGAAUUCAUGAUACCAUUUCAUCUCCAAACAAGGAAAGUGCAGGGAAUUGGUUGAAGGUUGAUGGUUGGGUUUUGUGUAGGAUAUUCAAGAAGAAAGAGAAGAAUAAUGAGGAAGAGACUGAAACUUUCAAUCCAGAAGUAAAGGAUCACGAUUCCAUAUUUGAUGAUUAUUUUUCACUCACAGCUGAAAACAAUUUUCCUUAUCAGAAAAAUAAUGAUUGCUUCGAUGAUUUGGAGGAAUUUGACCUUAGAUUUUUUUGCAAGUGA